ACUGCGAAUUUUGCUAGUCAGUUGGAUUAGUUCAUUGUGAGUAGCAAAAUGUUGAAAGAAUCGUUUCUGCUGGUGGUGCUGCUGCUGCUUUCGAGUAACGUGUCCUGGGCACAUCAAGAGCUGAGCAAUCUGCUCGAACAGCAACAAAAGGACUUGGACUUAAACGCAGCUGAGGUGGAUGCGCUGCGUCCACUGUAUCGGGAGCUGCAGACACAACAUGAUUACAUCUACAAUAUGCAACUGCAGAGUGGCGAUGGCAGCGCACAGCUGAAGGAGCAACAGCUUGAAGUGCCAUUCGACGAAAACUACGAGAAGGCCUUUGAGGAAUUCCGUUCGCAGUUUGCGGGUUAUGUGAACUAUAAGCCAAGCAUUGAUUACGACACCACCCUGCCGACCUUGAAGCAGCUGAUUGGCGAACCCAGAGCCGAUAUGACAGAAGAGCAGCUACAGGAGUGGCAGGAUUUGCAGGACAUUCUACAGGACGUGAUUGACGAGGCACAACUGGGCAUUGAUCAACUCGUGCAACGUGCCAUCGAUUUAGAAAUCAAUUUGCUGGCUCUCAACAAACCGAAAAUUGUGCUGGCCGCCAUCGGUGGUCUGGAGGUCAUGUGGAAGUAUUGGGGACGUGGCACUCAGGCUGCCUACUGCAGCUACUCGCAUGUGCCACAGCUCACGGAGGCACUGCACGCUGUGAAUGGUGGCGUCGAUUGCUACACUUACACCAUGGGCAUUGUGCGCAGGAUUGAGACUGAAACAGUGGCCUCAGUCAAGGAGAUUAAGAGCAAUGUGUCGAGUCUGGUCAAGAUCUACAAGAAGAUUGCGGCCAAGCAAACAAUCGUAGGCAAAAUUCUAUCCGCCACUCUGAAUGUAUUGAGUGCAUUGCGUCGCGUUCACGACAUCAUCGCAGUGGGCAUCGCUGGCUACGACAAGAUCAGCAAUCAAUUGCCUGACGCAGCACAGCACUCGCUGCAAUGUGGCUCCACGUUUGUGAACAGCAUUCCCCAGAUGCUGGAGACGGCACAGAACUUGACCACCUGCAUCACUUAUGUGCGAAACGAUACGCGAGAAUAUGAAUUCCUUAAGCCCGAGGAUGAUCGCUAUUGGAACAUUGGCGGCGAACCCGAGGAGAUUCCCCAUGAAAACGAUGUCGACGAUGAUGACGAUGAUUAUGUCGAUGCUGAUCCGGAAGAAGAUGACUAUGUGGAUCACAGAUAAGUCAAAGAAGGCAUUCAGUAUACAAAUUACAUUUGCGCAAAAAAUUAUAAACAAAAUAAAUACAAUAACAAAAGUAAUUAAAUAAUGUAAAUGUGAUUCGUUAGCUGGACUUUACAUGGCAGAGGCUAUGGCUAGGUGAUA